AUGAACGACCGCAAGAUCUCGGCCCUCUUGGUCGCUCUAGCCUCUCUCGGUCCCGCCAAUGCCGUGUUUGGGUUCGACAUGGCCGGGGUCGAUGAGCCGAUCGACGUCAAGGACCGGUAUAUCGUCACUUUCUCGCCCAACAUCUCGGAGGCGGGUAUCGAAUCCCACUUGGGCUGGGUGGACACGAUGCACGCGCGCAGUCUCACUCGUCGGGACACCACCGGCUUCGAAGACCGACUGGACGUGGGCGACGACUUCCACGCCUACAUCGGCCACUACGAUGAAGCGACUGUCGAAGAGCUGAGGAACAACCCUGACGUGGCAUACGUCGAAGAGGACAGUGUCGUCUCCAUUGCGACAGUCAAAACGCAGGCGAGGGCCGGAUGGGCUCUGCACAGCAUGGCGAACCGCGGACAGAGCAGAAAAACGCAAUACUUAUACCACGACUCUGCCGGAGAGGGCACGUACGCGUACGUGAUUGACAACGGCAUCGACAUCAAUAACCCCGAGUUCGAAGGCCGCGCAGAGCACGGAUAUAGCGCACAUGGCCACAAAGUGAGCCACUUCCACGGCACCACAGUGGCCGGCAUCAUCGGCAGCAAGACGUACGGCGUUGCCAAGAAGGGCAACCUUGUUUCCGUACAGCCUUUCGGCGGUACGGGAGGCAAGAUGAGUGACGUGUUAAGAGCCCUCGAGUGGGCGGUCAAGAACGCAACGGAGACUCCAGAGCGAAAGGGGCGCUCGGUGAUCAACAUGUCUAUGUCGGCUGAGGUGAAAGAUAACAAUCAGCAUGCCAUGGCUAUCAGCCGUCUUGUGAAGACCGCCGUUGAGCAAGGCGUCCACGUGGUCGUCUGCGCCGGUAACGACAACCAGGACGCCAGAAAGGAAGUGCCCGCCGGCCUCCCGUAUGCAAUCACCGUCGGCGGCAUUACUGAGAACUGGAGAUGGUGGCGUCAUUCAAACUAUGGCCCGGAAGUCGACGUCAGCGCUCCCGCAGAAAACGUGAUGACCACUGGGCUUAAAGGCGCAACAGUCCAACAGACCGGAACAUCGUUCGCCUCUCCUCAUGUCGCCGGCCUCGCCAUGUAUCUCCUGGGGAAGGAGAGUGCCAACAACAUCAUACUGAGCUCACCUGAGGAUCUGAAACGUCGCAUCGUGGCCAUGUCUACCAAGAAUAAGAUCAAGGGCAUGGAGCGUACUACACCGAACAGGAUUGCAUUCAACGGAGCCGGGCAGUGA